AGACGACAAAAGUGAUUGAUUGUGAACAGAACGGGAACACUCUCUCGUUGGGAAAGGAAGGCCAUCUUCAACAGGAUGGCAAUUUAUCAUUCGUCGACCUCUUCGGUCGCCGAAUGGUUUCUUUCCUUGGUACAGCCGUACCGGAGCAAGAGUGUUGCUAGCAGCGGCAGUCACCACAGCCAGUGUGACAGCCAUAUAGUGUCUGGCACGAUGAAAGGCGCUACCGCCGUCGGUCUCAGUCUCAUUGUGCUUAAGCUAGUGGGUCAAUUGCUUGGUGGGGUUGGCGAGAUGGAAGAUCUGGGCAUAAGCACUCAAGUAAUUCUUUCCUACAUGCGACAGAAAAUGAGACGUGUCAUUCAGGCGGGAGGGUCGAAUAAGAAGACGAUUGAAAUUCCGGCGCCUCCUUGCAUUAUUGACUAUCAUGGAUCGUGCACUUGCGAAUCGGUGAUUUUUAAGAUAAGAGCACGGCGUUCUUUGGAUGUAGUCCACGGUUCAGGGAAAAUUCCAUAUCCUCAAACAAAAGUAAAGGCGUCAUCCUUUCAAUUGAUUCAAGGAAGUGAGUAUCUCAGAAUUUAUCAUGCCUACAGUGAGAAUGAAAGUCCGCCUUCCACAUUGGCGUAUAGCUUUUGCAGCGAAUGCGCCGUUCACAUUGUGAAUGCUUCUGACGCAAAUUCAAACGAGGUCUCGGUCAAUGUCGACUGUUUGCAUGAAAUGAAGCAGCUUCAAGCGGAAGAGACCUCUCGCAUGCUGGUGGAGGAGGAAGACGACGACGAAGUAGCGUCGUUGGCGCAUCCGGAUGUUCCGUUCUCUGCUACGGGAAUUGAUCGAGGCUCUCCCGUCUCGGCCAUUACACAGCCACUACAUCCCCAAUCGCGGCAAAUGUCCAGCAUCAGUGAAGAGGGUGACGCUUGGGCAAUGCGUGAUCCAGUGCGUCCUCAAUCUCGCUAUCCACCUGCUGUCCGGGUACCGUUCUCCAAGAUGACUUCACAAACGUCUAUAGAAUGGCCGACCGAAUCGGAGUCAACCUCGGUAUAUUCUGGUUCUUAUGCUCUCAGUACACUUGAUAUGGGAUCAAUGGAAGGAUCGAUUAUGGAUACCUUCUCUGAAGCCGAUACGGCCUCCCGGCAAGAAAUGCUGUCCUCCAUGCGCAAAUACUUGCGUGCAUCUAAAACCAGUUCAUCUCGUAGCAGCAAGCUACAGCAUCACAGUUACACCUCGGAUGAUGUACCAAGCGACUCUCCUACUCUGCCUACCAUUCCCAUGAAAAAUUAAAAUAUAUAUGGCAUUUUAC